UGACAGUAUAGCCUCAAUUAUAUAUCUUAAAGCCCAGUUACUUGUCCAAAUAUAUUAAUGCAUCGUUUUAAUUCCCUCAUGACUUUAUUCUCUAGGUUACGAUAGGACUUGCGGAGGUGGGGAGAGCUGGCCGCUGAUGGAUGCGGCAGCGAAGGGUGGUCGUGUUGGAUUGAAUUGGUAUGUUUCCCAGAUCCAAAGGUCCGCUCUUUUCCUCAGAAUGACGAUGAAUUCGGCCGCUUCGCGUUUAAGACCCUCCGCAUCCGAAGUCUCCAUCACGUCGAGGUGGUGCAAUAGGGCGCUGCGUCCUUUGACCUCCACUAUACUGCGCCUGGAAAAACAUUGGAAGAUAACCCCACUGGGAGCUCCGAAUCUGAAUGGUACCACUGUAUCUGGAUCAAGUCAGAAAAGCAAUUCGGCGGCCAAGGGGGCGCGAGGAGCUUCCGAGUCCGACUCCGAAUCCACCCCCGAUGAUCCAACUUGGGUCCCAGGGGGUGCCGUGCGCAAGCACAUUAGACAUAAAUAUUCCGCUCGUACUGGUAGCCGGUCAAGGGUCGUUGUGAGGAGUCCGGAGACGCUGAAGCUACAACCCGGGGAGUUUUCCAUUCCCACGCCGUUAAUCAAAGGGAAAAAGAGACAAUGUCCGGAGAUGGAGGAGCCAAAUGGAGAUGCAAGUGGGGUUGCGGCCAUUGCAGACUCCAAUGAAGACUCAUCAACUCAAAAUUCUCGUCGAGGUCCUAUGAAACGGAAAUUACCUGCUUACGCUGGAUGGAAUAGCCAGAGGAUUUGGAAGGAUUCGUGUAAUGAAUAUAACGACCCGUCCUAUAUUGCCAUAGCGCAAGGGAUAUUCCAAGUUUGGGAUACAUUUCUCACAAUGACAGCUCCGGAAAAGAGUUCUGGUCCCGGAGCACGAUCGCUUAUGUCGAUGGCUCUGGGUACAACUUCUAUGUAUAUUGCGAGCGAACAGGAAGCUGUGGAUAAUUGUGAGGACAAGAACGAAAAGGUUGAUGUUGCAGAUCUUAUUUUCACAGAGCUAGAAAGCAUCUAUGGUAUAUCUAAUGCUGGAUGGAAACCGCUUAAGUCGCUCGUCCGCCUCCAUGGGAUUCGUUUGGUCUGCGACGCGAUUCGGCACAGAUGGAUAUCCCCUAUGAUAGCGCGCCAGCUAGUGCUAAACUCGAUCGACUCGGUUUCGUAUGAUGCUGCGCAGGAAAUAUUAUCAGCUUUGCUCUCUGUUACCCAGAGCAUCGAAGGCCCUAGACAUCUGGACUGUUCUUUGUUUUCGUCCGGAAGUUUUGGUGUAUUUCAUACAUUAGCAACUUAUGUCAACAAAGCUAGCCAUAUAAGCUUCUUUUUUCGCGAGGUUGGGUCUUUAUUGCGGGACGGUAUCGUGCCAGUUGAAUGGAUAGUUACGGAGUCCAUGAAACCAUUCGUGACUCAUGCCCUUAGGUCGAUAUCAUGCGAAGACGACGAUUGCUCCGCGUCUGUUUUGUUUAUUGUGAAUACGAUUCUUGCGGCUUCUCGAUCGAAUACUCGCUGCAGCUUACCAACCUUAGAAUUGGCUGCGGACACGGAUAAACUACAAAAAUGCGAUGAAGGAAGAUGCAAACUAGAUUCUUCACGUCGUAACCUUCCUGAGAACCCAGAGUCAAAAGCUAAUGAACAUUUAUCACUUGCUUUGAACAACAGCAUAUCGAGUAUUUUAGGCAUUCUCUACAGUGCUCACAUCGUACGGUUUACAACCCAUUCACCCACUUUCGUACCAAGUGCAUCUCCAAUGCACCACAUUUUGGUUAGAGUUUCAGCCAUAAUACAGCAUGAUAUACUAGACGCGUCCUUCGAUCUAGCACAGGAUCGCCCAAGAUCAGAGCUGCUACGAGUGGGACAUAUUUUGAUGGCAGAUUACAUUCUUAAAUGCAGCUGGGAGGGCGCCAAAAAGGAGGGACAGACAGCCGUCCCUGGAGCAACAAAACUUUUAAGCACUUUCGAAUAUUUCACUCGUACAUUGAAAAGUCGAAAGGACCUCACAGCCAGCCUAUCGACUUUUGUGACGCACGUAUCGCACAGUUGCGGUCGAGCACUCAGUGAAGAUGGAUUCACUCAGCUGCAAAUCUUUACUGAUGCACUCACAGAGGACAACCUACAACCAUAUCCUGCACUCAAGGCGCUUCUAGGUAAGGUAGCAGUGGACGCGGCACUAAAAUUUGCGGAAUCUACUCUUCAUCCCGAUCACCAUUCGUGGGCAGCCCACAUACAGACCAAAGCGGCGAGAUAUUCUAAUGGGCCCCUAGGACACGACGAAAUCAUACCCCUAACUCCGUCGUUAGCUCUAUCCAAAACUGGUUAUAUAUGGGAAGAGAGCAUCGGAGAGUGGAUCGCUGCGGCUCCGGCCAGCGGAGCAUACAGGAGUCUGCGAGCAUGUAAGGCCCAGAACCAAUUCCUGCCAAAUCCUCCGGAUGAGCUGCCAACUUCAAGUGAUGCAGAUGAUGCGACAGCAUCUAGAGGCUCCAGCACAUUCUCGGCCUGUUCGGAAGGCUAUAACUCGAGCAUUACUUCAUCAGAAUUUACCUCUCCAUCUUGGUCUCGGAAAAGGAAGCGCGGUGUCAAUUCUCCAAACUUGGUAUCAGGAAAACACGCGAGAACAACAUAUUCAUCGUCACUAAAAGCACCUCCUCGCCGGCUACGGUCCGGGAAAAGCCGUUCUUGGAGUUUUUACAUCGAUGAACGUGAGAGCCAUGACUCUAACCUAUUGAUCUUUGAUCGAUUCAAGCGCUCGAAAAUCACGAAGAAGAAACAUUAUGUCGUUGAACCAAGUAUAACGAAAACAAGGCCUUUAUGCCAACGAACGGAUAUCAAUCGUUCAUUGCUCAACCCUGCAACUAUGGAGGUUAGACUCCCAGGGCCACAGACUGCCGACAAGGCGGUUGAAGUUGUCAUCGUCCAUGACAGAAAUAAAUACAUAGACACGGAAUCGAGCAGUUUUUUGAUUCAAGAGGAAAGGGAGAGAAUGCUGCCGGGCUCUGAUCGCAGUGACUAUAACCGUGACUAUGACCUUAGCGAUCACAAUGAUGACAGUGACGGUGAUGACGAAGAUGUCCUGGCCAGAGAACCAUCUCCCCGUUACCUUUUGCGGCGCAAAAGUCUCUGUACACCCAUCGCUAGCAAGCUAUUCUCCUGCGCCACUCCUCCGGGAGCACGCCUCCGGACGACACGAUCUUCUACCUCGUUACAAAAACAACCCAUCCUGCAAGCAGCGGGUUGUAAUAUUGUUGGUUCGAGUGAUGACGAAUUGAGUUUCUUUUGAUGGUUUUCUGUUCAGUAAUGUAUAUUCUGAUUUUUGAUUACUAUAUUUGGAUUUCUAGAUUCUGAAUAUGACGGUCGACUACCUGUCGUCCCUGCUGGUAGACAGAAUGGAGAAGUGAAGACGCCGAUACACCUUGUUCUGAUAUAUUUUUUUGACACGAUACCCUUAUUGGAUUACCUUGCUUCGCACCUUGUUUGUAUUUAGCUUCUAUUUUCUGGAGUCCGUUGAUUGGAUUGGUUCAAUGAAUAUGCAUAUAGAUGGUUGGGAAGAGCCAAUAACUUUUAGCAGGUUUUUUGUACAGUACCUUAACUUUUACCAUGCGAGUCGUUAGGAGGAGAAUUUUGGAGGCCACCUCUACUACCGCCGGCCGUUUCGUUUCUGAUCUUAAGUAUAUGAAUUCUUCAGCUAUCGCUGAGGUUAUGCCUUUUUUUUCAUGAAGGUGUAAUCUGCACCUGGAAGUCAACUGAGUGAUUUGGCACUCACUCAUAUUUCACUCAUCAAGUCAUUUAAGUGGGCUUUGGCUAGUUUCUACGUGUGCGUGUAUCAAUCAUGUUCUCUAGCUGCGCAUUAAGUGCUUGUGCUGCGGCCCUGUCCCUCCAGCAUUUGUGUGAAAACAGUAUGAGAAAAGAAAAGUGAAGCUGUAGGGGAGGUGAGACGGCGUAAGGGGGUGCGUAUGUACGACCAAUGGAAUGCAAAAUAUUGUAGAAGUGAAAGGCAAAAAUGUGCAUAAAUAAAGGGGGAAAUAUAUAUAUAUAUAAAAUAGGGUAGCAAAAUAGAACAAAGCGCCCUCCAGCUUCCCAGGCUCGUUUGAUAGAAACAUAAGUAAAGCUCAUGAAUGAAGCCCAGCUACCCUACAAAUUGUCG